AUGUUGAAGAAAUGUAGUGCCUUACAAGAUGAUACUAGGAUCAUGACUAUGAUCGACUUAAAGGAAUACAAAAUCAACAGCUGUUCAAGAGAAGACUAUCAUAAGAAGAACUGCCUGGUUAAAGCAAAAGAAGACCAUCGUGUUGCAGCAAGUAAACCUAUGGAAAAAACAUCUCUUGUCGAUCAAAAGCAGUGUUCCCAGAUCUCCCAGGAUAGCAGUUUACCUGUUGUCACCCACUUCUCAUUGACAUCCAAAAUCUGUUUAGAAAAUGGUUUGGUCCUAAGCAUCCUUCCUCAAAAUUGGAAAUUCUAA